AUGGUCAAAGCGCCACCAAAGCCACAGGAUAUCUCUAGGAGGGAUCUGCGUGCGCUGAAGAUCCUUCAACGCGAGGGAUCCGGUGGCUCCACUAGCUCGGCUAUAAACACGCUUCUCUCCCCUACACUCAAUGCACAAGCUACUCCGGAGGUUGCCAGUCAGGAGCGCGGCAGUCCCGCUCGCCGUCGUUUACUUCUACGAGCUCAUAAGCCUGGCGGGCGCAAGAAGCCCAUCGUGGUUCUACCUGAUUCAUCUGAAUCUCGGUCAGCGGGUCGACCUGGUGUUCGGCCGCCCAAACGCUCUCAGAAAGACGAGCUGGGUCAUGGGUUUCAAGAACGAGCUGAUUUAGUCUCCUCUUGCCAGAACCGCUCCCGGCAAAUGUGCACUUCGGUCAUGACACUCUCGUCCCGGCUGGAUGCCCUCGUUCUACAUCAGAAAUGGAAUCGGGAAUGCAAGAACCUAGAGGAGCGACUCCGCACAACAGACGUCGCACGCGAUCUAGCUGGAGUUAUCAAGGAAUUUACGGACCAAUUCAGCAGGGAGAACUUAUUCAAAGAGGCGCGACCGACCGUUCCGGCUCAGCCUCAUAGUACGGACUCCGGAUCUGUCGGCGACUUGUCCGCCAUCGCUGUCUUUGAACUAUUGUCUUCUCUGGCUCUUGAGGUCGCUUCUGGAACUGUGGCUUGUGAACAUCACUCGACGGCUUCUGUGGAUAAUGUCUCCGACACUCUGCAGGAGCACGGCGAUAUACAAGUUUGGCAGGAAGAAGGCAACACGACAUGGCACUCUCUUUCCUCGUUGUCCUCAUCAUCUUCCGCAGCUGACAUCCUGCCAACUGGUUCUGGGGCAUUGCAUGUCUCUGAACCUGAUCCUGAUACGGUCAUCCACCACCCUCCGACACCGCAUGUUGUCUUACCGGCAGAUAUUCCCUCCCGCACAUACUAUCAAGAGCUCAUGGUGGCGGCUUUGAAGACUGCGCAAGCGCAUUCAAGCCUCUCUGUUACCGACUUGCAUCGAACGAUCUCGCCUGCUCAAGUCGCGACAGUCUUCAAGGGGAGCGUCCUAUUCUCUCGUUCAGAUGAGCGCGAAUCCACUGUCCAUCUGCUGGAGGGUAAAGGCUGCAGUGUGCAUUCUACAGCCCGUACGACGGCGUCCACGACGCUGCCAUCCCCUUUCUUGUCGGCCAUCGACACGCUGAGGACAAUCUCUGGCAGUACUCUCCGGUCUACGUGGACUCCGACUUGUUCACUCAAGCUCCCCUUUAGUCUCUCGCCAAGGAUGGCUACUGGUAGUCCCAAACCAUACUCUGAGCUGCCUCCUUCUGGCGAGUUGUUCAUAGACGGCCGUGUCUUAGCGCCGAAAAGAAGGCGCGCUGUCAGACUGCCCACACGCGCGCAGGAGGAGUUGUACAUGUACACCUCCUCCGAUUGGCAGGAUUCGGAUCAGCUGGAUACGGCGCCUUCUCCCGGCUGCCUUUACGACCAUGGCGACCCCUACGUGUUACCAAUCAGCGCAGACGGCGGCGUGCGGACGACAAACAUUGGGCACCCCAUCCAGCUCUCCAAUAUACAUAUCUACACCACAUCAGUACAGCAAUCGCUCAAGACAACGGCAAGGCACGCUAUCACGGAUGAAGUGCGCACCCCACCACAAGCGUACAGCCGAAGCCCGAGCGCCCGCCAGCGCUUCGCGACCUGGUCGUCGGGUUUCGCGGAAGCGUACAACCCCCGCGCGGAAGGUCUGGAGUCGGUUCGGUAUGCAGAUAACCUGCCUCAGUGCCGGGAGCGACAGCACAGUACGGGUUUGUCGCUACUGGGAAAGGUUUGGCGCUGGUAG